GUGUUGAAGUAGUUGUGGGACAAUCAAUUUUUGAGAAUGGCAAGAAGAGGCGGUGGUGGUGGCGCUGCUUCAAGAAGAACUCCUUUAAGGUCAAAAGCUCCUCUUUUCGCAAGAAGAAAAGAAGAAAGGUCUGGUUCAAGUACAAAACAGUCUUCUCGUGGCGCUUCUUCCUUGGCAAAACCUGUCGUGAAAAAUAAUAGUAGUAACACUGGGGGUCAAAAGGAUAAAGCAAACCAGACUACCCCAGGAAUGACUCCCACUUCUAAACCUAGUUUGACUUCCUCGCUUUUUGGGGGAAUGCUUGGUAGUAUGCUUCCCAUGUUUUUGUUUAUGAAUUGGUUUAGAAAGAGUCCGGAAGAAAGAGAACCAGAUAAAGUUGAAAAUGAAGCACAGAACAAAUGUCAGAAACUUGCAUGCAACAUCCAGGACUGUUUGGAGAAGAACGACUAUCAACAAAGUAUGUGUGAAGAAGCGAUAAGGAAAUAUCACGCUUGUAUGGAAGCUGCCAAAGGGAACUAUGAAAAUUUGUAAGAUAUUAUUUGUUUGUAUAUUCAAGUAAACACAAGUGUUUUAUUUUCAACCCAAGUAUUGUUUAUUAU